AUACACUAUAAAGAAGAGUUUAAAAAAUCUAAAGGCAAGUGCAUAUUUGUACCUGACACCCCGCAGCUAAAACAUGUGAAAAGUCUUGGUGCUUUUAUUUCUGAGGUGAAGUAUAAAGGAGCUGCUAAAAAAGACCUUUCCAGCUCUCUUUAUCAGCAGAUGCCAGCCACAAUUGACAGUGUAUUUGCAAAGGAAUUAAUGCAACUUCAAAGCAAGGUUCUCUAUAAACAAAAGCAUGAUGCUGAGAAAGGAACUUCAGAUUAUGCACAUAUGAAGGAGCCUCCAGAUAUUAAGCAUGCUAUGGAAGUCAAUAAAUACCAGAGUGAUGUAUCCUAUAAGAAGGAUGUGCAAGAUACUCAUAGAUACACUGAAGUGCUGAACAGGCCAGACAUAAAGAUGGCAACUGAGAUAACAAAGAUAAUAAGUGAUGCGGAGUACAAGAAAGGAAGGGGAGAGAUGAAUAAGGAGCCCACUGUACUUGGAAGACCAGAUUUUGAACAUGCUAAAGGAGUUUCAAAACUGUUAAGCCAAGUGAAAUACAAAGAGCAGUUCAGUAAGGAAAUGAAGAGCCAUCAGUACAAUCCUCUUGACAGUGCUUCCUUCAAGCAAGCACAGAUUGCAUCCACCUUGGCAAGUAAUGUGAAUUACAAGAAAGAUUUGGAAAGCCUACAUGAUCCAGCUUGUGAUCUGCCAAACCUGCUAUAUUUAAACCAUGCUUUAAAUAUCAGCAAAACGCAUAGCAAU